CACACACACACACACACACACUCUCUCUCUCUCUCUCGCUGCCACUGACAUAAUGACGACCAGAAUACAGCAACUCAUAAACCAUAUAUCUCAACCAUCAGCAAUAAUCAUGUCUGCAGAGUCCUGGCAAACCGUUCCUCUUGCACCCCCUGACAGCAUUUUCAAGUUAACUGCGGCAUACAAAGUCGACAAGUUUGAUAAAAAGAUCAAUCUAGGCGUCGGCGCGUACAGGGAUAACGACAACAAGCCGUGGGUGCUUCCCGUCGUUAAGAAGGCCAAUGAACUGUUGCUCUCCAAUCCCAACAUAGACCACGAGUACUUGCCCAUCACUGGUUUACCCGAAUUUACGUCCGCCGCCGCGAAACUAAUUCUUGGAAGCGAUUCCCCCGCCAUUAAAGAGGGCCGCGUCUCAAGUGUCCAGACCAUCUCCGGCACCGGUGCUAACCAUCUUGGCGCCUUGUUUGUGUCUAGAUUCUAUUCCUGGGGCGGCGACAAAGAGGUCUUCCUCAGUGAUCCCACUUGGGUCAACCACCACGCUAUUUUUAAGAAUGUUGGUGUAACACCCAAAACCUACCCCUACUAUGACCCUGCUACCAUCGGACUAGAUUACGACGGCCUCAUGGCAUCGCUGAACUCUGCUCCUCCUCGUUCUAUCUACUUGCUUCAUGCCUGUGCACAUAACCCCACCGGUGUCGACCCGACGAAAGAGCAAUGGGCGAAGAUUGCUGAUCUCAUGCUCGAGAAGGGCCAUUACGCGUUCUUUGACUGCGCCUACCAAGGCUUCGCAAGCGGGGAUUUGGAAGGAGACGCGUGGGCUGUUAGGGAGUUUGUCCGAAGGGGCGUUUCUCUCUUGGUCUGUCAGAGUUUCGCCAAGAACGCAGGUCUAUACGGAGAACGGGUUGGUGCGCUCCAUGUCGUAUCGCCUACCCAAGAGACGGGAGCCCGCGUUACAAGUCAGUUAUCAGUGCUGCAGCGCAGUGAGAUCAGUAAUCCGCCUACAUACGGUGCCCGCAUUGUAUCACUGAUCCUCAACGAUCCGGCAUUGUUCGAAGAGUGGAAGCGUGAUAUUGUGACCAUGGCAGGCCGCAUCAUCGAGAUGCGCAAGCAACUACACCAUUUGCUCACCGUUGAAUUGAAGACACCCGGCAACUGGGAUCACAUUGUCAACCAGAUUGGAAUGUUCAGCUUUACCGGCAUCAACCCGGAGCAGAGCAAGGCGCUGACGGAGAAGGCCCACGUAUACUUGACGGUGAAUGGCAGGAUUUCAAUGGCGGGCCUCAAUACUCACAAUAUCCGCUACUUUGCUGAGAGUCUGGACCAGACAGUGAGGGGCUCUCUUUGAAGAGUUGUUGUUACCUUUAGAGUAGGUACCAUAGUCGUAUACUUAUUUAAUGCUUAGUUCUCGAUUUGUAAAUAUACAGAGUGACACUACUCAAUGUACGGAUACGUCACAGGCACAUGGCUCCAACGAUACG